UCAAACCGGUUUUCUAUAGAAAGAGUAUAGGGGUGUUUGAUUUCAUCGUGGGACACAAGACAGCCUCGGUGUUAGACACACAAAGGCACACUUGAGCACACACCAUUAACUACACCUGUAUACACACACUCGUACCACGCCGCCUUCGGCCAUGUGUCACCUAGUGCCGUAAACUUUCACUAACAACCAAUAGUUCUGUUUAUAUGAAAUAUUAUGAGCUUACAGGUGGACAAGGUACGGUGUAUUCGGCCAAAGGGUCGGGAAUAAUUUGACGAUAACUUGCACAGAUAUGCAGAUUUCGGACCGAGUCGGCCGCGUUCUGAUUCACCUGUCAGCGUCCUACGUAUGUGGAUACGUCAUUCAGACACGCCUAUAGGAGAGGAUUUCAGUGUUAAUUAAGAACCGACAAUAACAACAGUGCUCCGAUUUGUGAUGGAUCGUUACAAGGAUAUACAAAAUUUACCUAUAUAAAGACAACGGAAGGUGUACCGGUGAUGACAAGUUGUGGGUUUUUAUGUAGAUUAGUGACGUCAUCGAUGCAUAAUUUUCACAUAACCAACUACAAUGGGAUGUGGAUCGUCAAAAUCUGAAUUCAUCCAAGUAGUAAAUGUACCCUCUACAACCACUUCAACAAUAGAGAGAAAAGAGCGCCACGUCCAUUUCCCAGACCCUGAAUUUGUCCUCCAUAAGAUACCGGGUAGCAGGCUACAAAAUGGUAUCAAUCACAACACCAACGGAAGUAGACCAGUCUUCAAACGGGUUCAGUCGCCUAAGAUUCCUGCCAACACACGCGCUUCUAAUUUCAAGAUGGCGCCUCCUUUAGUACCGACUUCACCUAAACUGACUGUUCCUAGAAAGAGACCUAAGGUACCCCUGGCGGAUGUAGAACUACCCCCUCCACGUCCACCUUCAACUAAACGGGAGGACAUCAUUUCAGAUGUCGCCGCUUUAAACAAAGUAGACGAGCAUGCACUCACCGCUCCGAGGUCAAUGGAAGGGUCAGUCGAGAUCCUAGCAAGAUACCUAAUGGUACCGGCUCGAUCUGACCUGGAGAAGGUUCGAGGAUUUUACAGAUGGAUCACAAACAACAUUGCGUACGACACUGACUCCCAUUUCCUCGGGAAGCGGAAGCCGGUGGACGCUGAGUCUGUUCUGAGGCUGAAGAGGGCAGUUAGUUCGGGCUACUCUAACCUGUUCGCCGGGAUGUGUAGAGUUGCCAGGAUCCCAGCGAAGUGUAUUCAAGGUUUUGCAAAGGGCUUUGAUUACAACCCUUUCGAAAACUUCCACGAGCUUGACUCCACCAAUCACUGCUGGAAUGCCGUCUAUGUGCAGGAUGACUGGAGAUUUAUAGAAUGUUCGUGGGGCGCCGGACAUCUAGACUCGAACAAAAAGUUCAUUUACUCGUUUAAAGAGUUUUAUUUCAUGCCAGACCCAGAGGAAGUCAUUUUCGCACACUUUCCGUGUAUGGGUACAGAUCUGGCGGAGAGUAAACCCUGGCAACUCCUUGAGGAGCCAUUGGAUUUAGCAAAAUUCAACAAAGUUCUGAAACCAGUGUAUAGGGCCAUCGGUUGGGGAGUGCAAUUUGUGUCACAUAAAAUAAGUGUGUUAGACGUCUGGAAGAAGGUCAACGUCACAAUUCAGAGUGGCGAUAAGGUUUCCUUAGGAGUUGUGAGUGCUCAACUGAUUCAGAAUGAAAAAGAGAUUCGACAUCAUAUUAUGAUCUUAAAGCUAUCGGAUGGAAAGUUUCAAGUGACGGUUCGUCCGCCAACAAAAGGUAAAUACAUUCUGAAAAUUCUUGGUAAUGUCGAUCCUGACGCCACGGAGACUCUAGGACUUGUGGAAUACUACCUUCGGUGUCAUGAAGCUAUACCAGACUGCCAGCCGUAUCCGGAUCAUUUUGGACCUUGGGGUCCUGUGACAGCAGUGCAAUCAUUCGGUUUUGUUUCCCCGGAGUCUAUAAAUCCUUCUAUUGUCACAGACAAUGGUCGCGUGACCUUCAGCUUGGAAACGAGUAAAUGUAUAGAAGCGGUCACACGACUUAGUUACGGUUUGGGAAAUAUUGCAGACAUUGAUGACUACGCAAUGCUGGAGAGUACGGCUAACGAAGUUCACAUAACAGCACAUUUUCCCAGGAAUGGGUUCUACAAACUCAAGAUAAUGAGUAAGUCGGACAAAGACGAUUAUAAACAAGCCAUUAACUAUAUCAUAGAAUGUCGUAAAACUAUAGAACUCAGCUCACCUCUACCCAAAGUUUACAAAUUUGCCCGGGAAUACCAAUGUCGUCUGCUCGAGCCUUUGGAUCUUCUUGUGACAGGCAGAACAGAAAUAAAUGUGCGGUUCAUGUCAGAUAAAGUGAAAGCCGCUACUAUUCUUGGAAGAAAGUUUCAGAACGUUAGCAACAAUGAAUGGGAAGCGGUAGUGACGUCAUGUUCUCCAGGAGAGAAAUUUAUUGUAUACGGCAGUAUAUCCGGUACUGCUGGGUCGUUCAAGAGUUUAUACGAGUUCAAGAUAGUGUAACUGCUGUAAUCUCGAUAAUACGUUUUAUGUUCAUAUUUUUUAAUCUUGUUAUUCCAUACAUCGAUUGAAGACUAGACUAGUGUUAUCUUAAUCUUAUUAAUGUAAGAAAGACAUUCCAUGAAAUGUGAAGUGUAAUCACUGCAUUUCGCGUAAGCUAUCGUUAGUUGCUAUGUAUACAUGUUUGUUCACUCGUCAAUGAUUGAAAACAGAUGCUCAACGUAACAUGCGAUCCUGCCUAAUGACCACCUGGAAUAAACAAUAACUUGAUGGAAGAGGUCAGUAGCAUUGCAUAAAAAGUUUUGUAGUGCUAUAGAUAUUGUUUCUUUGGCACUGCUUCAUCGUUAAGCUUUGGAUUAGGACAGACACUGAUUUUCAACAUCAACACUUUAUGAGUCUUAUAACCAGGAACCCUUCUUUAAAAAGCAGUGACAUGCAUUUGCAUUUAAAUGUGCAGGUUGUGUUCAAGGCUAGUUUUCGCUGCAGAAACGCUUACAUGUCCUCUUGGGUACACAUGAAUCGAUACAUUGGCUAGGUCGUUCUGUGUUUCAAGGGACGUAACUCCAGUUUCUGAACAUUAACAUUGAAUAGGACGUAGGUAUAGUUAUAUACCCGAUACACAGUCAUUUUACUAAUUCAAGGUAGGGUAACACUGCUCACGUACAUAUUUAGCGGUUAUUCUGUUCUGCACUUAUUAUUAUAAUAACGAUUGCGCUAAUUGCAAUUUCGGUAUCUAAUUUUUGCUUUGUGAGCAUGCUAAACCAACAGUUCACUAAUAUCUGUUAUAAAUCUUCAGUGCGCAAAAUUAUGCCUACGCUGAAAUAAGUACGUCUAUAGUAUACCUGAUAUUCCGUCUUUUCGUGUU